UGAUAUAAUAUACACAAAUACCCGAUACCUGGUGGCCAUUGAUAAUUUUACUGCAUCUAAUCCGUCAGUUAAAUAAAAAUUAUCCGUUUUAAAUAAUAAAUGUCAUAAAUAAUUAUUAAAAUAUUAUUAAUUAUCAAUAAUAAAUAUUUGACAAUUUAUUAACUGUCAAAGUAUUGAACAAAAUUUCAAAUUUCAAAUAUAAAGCAGAACCUACAAACGUGAAAGUCAAUAAGCAGCCAGAGUUCACUUGGAAAAAUGGCCGAGACAUCAAAAAAUGUUGAAAAUUUUGAAGAAGAAAAUUCAGUGACUAUGCUGGAUGUUUUGAAUGAAGAAAAUCAACUUGAAGAAGAUGCUAAUGCUGUACUGGGAGCAUCUGAUGAUAAAUAUUGUACUUACAUUAAGGGCUACAUGCGCCAGGCGCUUUACGCUUGCAAGACUUGCUGUCCAAAUGAUAAAGUCCAAGCUGGUGUUUGUCUAGCGUGUAGUUUUCAUUGCCAUGAGGGCCAUGAACUUGUUGAGUUGUACACCAAGAGGAACUUUAGAUGCGACUGUGGAAAUUCAAAGUUUGAAGAAAAAAAGUGUUCACUAGAUCCUUGUAAAGCAGCAGAGAAUACAGAAAAUAAAUACAAUCAGAAUUUCAAAGGAGUCUACUGUACUUGUGCUCGACCAUACCCAGACCCCGAAGACACAACUGGCGACGAAAUGUUGCAGUGCGUUAUCUGCGAGGACUGGUACCACUCAAAACAUCUUGGAUGCAGUGACGACGAUUUACCCGACGAAAAUUCUUACGAGGAAGUCGUUUGCAUGAAUUGCAUGGGCAAGCACGAGAUUCUUUGGAAUUACGCCUCCAAAUACGCAGCCACUAAAGUACAAAAUGAUUCUGUAAAUAAUGACGACAAGGUUGACGUAACAACCGAACCAGGAGUUUGUACCAAGCCAGAAAAACCAUCUGUUGAAAAAAGCGGGUCUUGCUUCUGGACCCAAGGCUGGCGUUCCUCGCUCUGCGCUUGUGACAGCUGCAAAAAAUUAUACGACGAACAGGAAAUAAGUUUCUUGCUCGAUCCCACUGACAGCGUCCAAGCUUACGAGGAAGCUGGUAAACUAAAGGGUUCAGAGUCUCAGUAUGAAAAGGGAAUGAAAGCUUUGGCUUCACUUGGACACGUCCAGCAAGUGAUUGCUAUUGAACAGUACAAUGAUAUGAAGGAACAAUUGAAAGAAUAUUUACAAAAAUUUGCUGAAAAUAAAAAAGUCGUCCGUGAAGAAGACAUAAAAGAAUUUUUUUCAGGGAUGGAGUCUAAUAAGAAAGCUAAAGUUAUUGUUCCAUCUUUCUGCCGCUAAUUUUAUUUAAAAACAUUUCAUUUUUUUAUUUAUAUUUAUCUUUUUGAUAUUUACAUUUUCUUGAUACUUUUCGAUUGUAAAUUCAACAUUACGUCACAUAAUAAAAAAAAAAAUAUAACUGACUCAUA